AUGGCGACAAAUAAAACAAACAAGCUCGCUUUUCUGUCCAUGCCAGCUCCGGCAUCCUAUGUUGCUGGUCUUGGACGAGGCGCUUCGGGUUUCACAACUCGUUCGGAUAUUGGUCCUGCUCGCGAGGGACCGUCUGCAGAAGUUAUUGCAGAGGCGCAGGCGCGUCGCGGCGAAGAACCCGACUAUGAUCCCGACCAAUUUCAAGACCCCGAUAACGAGUACGGUCUUUUCGCGGGUACUACAUAUGAGGCAGAUGACGAGGAGGCCGACAAGAUAUACGAGCAGGUAGACCAGAACAUGGACGCCAGGAGACGGAUCAGGCGAGAAGUGCGGGAGAAUCUAGAACUUGCGAAGCAUCGUGCCGAGCGUCCCAAAAUCCAGCAACAAUUUUCCGACCUAAAGCGAGGCCUCUCAGCCGUGACAGAUGAGGAGUGGGAGAACAUUCCAGAGGUGGGCAAUCUCACCAGGAAAAAGCGUAAAAGGGACGAGAGAUCAUUCGUUGUACCGGACAGCGUUCUCGUGGGCGAUCGUUCAAGGGGUGAAUACGAGAAUGCGUUGGAUGCCAGACAACAAGAGGCCGGUGGCUUCGAGACUCCCGCAGAGAAUGGUACUUUGACGAACUUCGUGGAAAUGGGACAAGCCCGUGACAAGAUCCUUUCUCUGAAGCUCGACCAGGUCUCUGGAACGUCAACUGCUUCCGGCCUUGCAACGUCUGUUGACCCCAAAGGCUAUCUCACCUCACUGGACAGUGUCAUCCUGAAGACCGAUGCCGAAAUUGGCGACAUCAAGCGUGCCCGUAUGCUCUUCGACUCACUAGUGAAGUCCAACCCGAAGCAUUCACCCGGAUGGAUUGCUGCAGCUCGUCUGGAAGAACAUGCUGGCCGAAUGGUAGCUGCACGCAAACUGAUUAACGCGGGUUGCGAGCAGUGCCCCAAAAGCGAAGAUGUUUGGCUUGAGGCCUCUCGGCUGCAUAAUAACGACGAUGCGAAAGUCAUUCUCGCAAACGCUGUUCAACACGUUGGCCAAAGCGUGAAGAUCUGGCUUGCCGCUGCCGAUUUGGAGCACGACAUCAAAGCCAAGAAGCGAGUUCUGCGGAAAGCCCUCGAGCACAUUCCCAACUCGGUCCGACUCUGGAAAGAGACGGUCAACUUGGAGUCGUCAGCUGCAGACGCCAGGAUUAUACUUCAGCGCGCAGUCGAAGUCAUCCCGCUUUCCGUCGAGCUGUGGCUGGCGUUAGCACGUCUCGAAACCCCGGACAAGGCACAGGCCGUCCUCAACAAGGCUCGUAAGGCCGUCCCGACCAGCCACGAGAUUUGGAUUGCUGCCGGCCGGCUCAUGGAGCAGCAGGCGACGCUACCCGAGAGGAGCGAAGAGGAGCGCAACAAGGAGCUCGACGCCGUCGACACGAUCAUCGAGCGUGGUGUGCGCAACCUCCGGCAGCACCAGGUUCUCCUCACGCGCGAGCAGUGGCUCAAGGAGGCCGAGAAAUGCGAAGAGGAUGGCUCGCCGAGGACGUGCGAAGCGAUCAUAAAGGCAACCGUUGCGAUGGACGUCGAGGAGGAGGACCGUCUCGACACCUGGACGGGCGACGCGGAGGCUGCCGAGUCGAGAGGCCGCAUCGGGACUGCGCGUGCCAUUCUCGCGUACGCCCUCAGGGUGUUCCCCGACAAGCGGUCGCUUUGGCGGCGCGCAGCCGAUCUCGAGCGGACACAUGGCACGCGCGAUUCCCUCGUCGCCAUCCUGGAGCGCGCGGUGCACCACGUACCGCAGGCUGAGGUGCUUUGGCUCAUGUGGGCGAAGGAGAAGUGGCUGGCCAGAGAUGUCCCUGCUGCACGCGAGGUCCUCGAGAAGGCGUUCGUUGCAAAUCCCGAGAGCGAGCAGAUCUGGCUGGCUGCUGUCAAGUUGGAGGCAGAGAACGGAGAGCUCGGUGUUGCUCGAGAACUGCUCGUUCGCGCGCGAACCGUAGCCGAUACUCAGCGGAUCUGGAUGAAGUCAGCUGUCUUCGAGCGGCAGCAAGGGAAACUGUCGACCGCGCUGGAAACUCUCGAAAUCGCCCUGAAGAAGUAUCCGAAGUUUGCAAAGCUGUACAUGAUCCAAGGUCAAAUACACCAGUCGCAGGGCAAAUACGCCGCAGCGCGCGCCUCUUUCGCGGCCGGCAUCAAACAGUGCCCCAAGGACGUCACCCUCUGGAUACUCUCGAGCCGACUCGAAGAAGCCGACGGGAAGAGCAUUAAGGCCCGUGCGCUGCUUGACAAGGCCCGGCUCGCGAACCCGGGCAGCGAUCUGUUGUGGGCCGAAGCCAUCGGCGUCGAGGAGCGCAGCGGCGGUGCCGCACAGGCGAAGACCGUGCUCUCGCGCGGCCUGCAGGAGUGCCCGAGCUCGGGUCUGCUAUGGUCGAUGGCGAUCUGGCAGGAGCCGCGACCGACACGCAAGUCGCGGUCGGCGGACGCGCUGCGCAAAGCAGCGGACGACCCGCUCAUCAUCUGCACCGUGGCGCGGCUGUUCUGGAACGAACGCAAGAUCGAGAAGGCGAGGCAGUGGUUUGAGCGUGCGGUCAAGAUCAAUCCUGACCUAGGCGACGUGUGGGCAUGGUGGCUCAAGUUCGAGAGACAGCAUGGGACGCGGGAACAUCAGGAAGAGGUUAUCAAGCGAUGCGUGGCUGCAGAGCCUCAUCACGGGCAGAUCUGGCAGGCUCUCGCGAAGGAUAUGGAGAACACAGGCAAGAGCACAAGGGAUGUCUUGGAGCUUGUCGCUGCUGAGCUGAAAUGA